CAAAGCCAUUCAGUUUCUUCCCUAUCAUACUCCCUUCUCAAAUCUCUCUCAAGAGGGAAUUUGUUUGAAUUGCAAGAUGGCAACCGAAUCCUUAUCUUCCGCCCACUCAGACUUGAACCAGGAGACGAAAGGGGAGUACCGUGGGACAUUUGCUGGCCCCGACGAGUCAAAGGUGCCGGAGAGUUUCGUUUGGCCGGAUGAUCUUAAGGGAUCGCAGGAGGUGCCGGUGCUGAAUGUUCCACAUAUUGACUUGAAUAAGUUUUUGAGUGGCAAUGAAAGUGAUGUUGAAGAGGUGACGAGGCUGGUGGAUGAGGCUUGUAGAAAACAUGGGUUCUUUGUGGUGGUGAACCAUGGAGUUGAUAUGAAAGUAAUGGAAAGUCUUCAUGAGUGUAUGAGUGAGUUUUUUUCAAUGCCUAUGGAUGUGAAGCAGAGGGCUCAUAGGAAGUUCGGUGAGAAUUUUGGAUAUGCUUAUAGCUUCUUUGUGAGAUUCUCCUCCAAUCUUCCAUGGAAGGAAACUCUUUCCCUUCCCUGUGUUGCUGAUGGUGAAAACUCCUCCUCUGCUUAUGACUAUCUUAUUGAAAAAUUAGGCCCAACAUUCUCCCAUCAUGGGAAGGCGUAUCAAGAGUGUGGGAUAGCAUUGAACGAGCUUGGUACGAAGAUUGUGGAGCUUUUGGGGCUUAGCCUUGGCAUUUCAAGAGAAUACUUCAAGAAUUUCUACAAGGACAACGAUUCAAUAUUGAGGCUUAAUUACUACCCAACAUGCGACAAGCCAGAGGUUGUGUUGGGAACUGGCCCUCACACUGAUCCCACCUCCGUCACAAUCCUUCACCAAGACCCUGUCAGUGGCCUUCAAGUGUGCUCCAAUGAUCAAUGGUAUUCAAUUCCUCCAAACCCAGAAGCCUUUGUCAUCAACAUCGGUGACACUUUCACGUCUCUCACGAAUGGGAUUUACAAGGGCUGCAUACACCGCGCUGUCGUGAAUUCCAUGAAUGCAAGAAAAUCAUUGGCCUUCUUUCUGUGUCCAUCGCAUGACAAAGUGGUGAGAGCACCGGAGGAAUUGGUGGAGAAGAGUCCACCACGAAAGUAUCCAGAUUAUAAAUGGCCAAUGUUGCUUGAAAUGACCCAAAAGCGUUACCGACCUGAUUGCAACACUUUGGAAGCCUUCAAAACUUGGGUUCAAGAGGGAAAGGCGUUGGACACUGGGUCCACUAUUACCGCCCCGUCUGCUUAAACCAACCGAAACUCCCUAUGUAUGUCAAUAAGUGGUUCUUUGAUUAUGAGCUUUCUAGGCAAAAAGAAUAUUGUGUAGCGUUCAGUCGUCUAUGUAUCUCUUCUAUGUUGCUGAACGUUGUAGAAAAAAAAAAAAAACUCUUUAAUAUACACAUGUUUCAUUUUGCUUA